AAAGGAACAUAAUUACAAGCCUUUAAUAGUUGAUGCGAAAUCACAUCAUGAGCAGGAACAUAAUUACAUGCCUUUAAUAGUUGAUGCGAAAUCACAUCAUAAACUGUAGGGUUACUCUUGACGCGGUCGAGUUACGAUCAAAAUCGAAUUGACAUCGAGAAUCAGUAAUUUGGUACUCUGGAAAACGACCGAAGCGCCAAUCGAGUUGUGGUCGAAUAGUGAACUACUUGAAAUCGAAAACCGCCGUUAUGUCUUACUCUCGACACUAUCGAGAUCGAGUUAUGCUCAUGUUUAAAUCGAAAACAUACGUCAAAUCACACGAUUCACAAGACGCUACUUUUUUGAAAUCAAAAGUGUGUUUUCAAGAUUAAAUUAUAGAAAAUAGGUAAGUUUCUUUAACAAUAAUGCUUUGAGAUACAAUAAUCUUUCUUCGUGAGUGAAAGUGCUGGGAAAUAUUUGCAAUUUUUUGUCUACAACUUUGUUUUGUGGAUUGAUAGCAGGAUGGCUCGACUUGCAGCACAAUUAAAUUUAUUGGAUGAAGCUGAGAGAGUUGACGCACGCCAAAGAAGAAGAAGAACGCAAAUAGCACGUUAUUGUGCAGCAGCUAUAGAAAUUGGCGAUGAAGAAUUUGUGGCAAACUAUCGAAUAACAAAAGAAAUUUUUUUGGAGCUUGUGGAGGUGCUCUCCCCAUACUUAAAGGCACCUUCUCGCAGAAGUGAUAUUCCCAUAAAAUUUAAGAUAUUGGUUGCUCUCUCUUUUUAUGCAUCAGGCAGUUAUCAACGUAUCGUAGGAAGGAACUAUGGUACUGCAAUGUCACAGCAGUCAGUGUCAAGGUGUAUCAAAGAGGUGACCGAUGCGUUCAACCAAAUAAUAAUUCUACAAAAAUAUAUAAAGUUCCCUACUAAUGUUAAUGAACGGAAUGCUAUAAAGAUGAAAUUCUAUGAAAAAUAUGGAAUACCCGGUGUUAUUGGUUGUGUAGAUGGAACACAUGUGGCCAUGGUAAGACCAUCAGAGAAUGAGGAUUGGUAUUUCAACCGAAAACACUACCAUUCCAGAAAUGUGCAAAUUAUAUGUGAUUUUGAUCUAAAUAUUAUAAGUGUAGAUGCAUGUUUUGGUGGUGCUACCCAUGAUUCACACAUCUUUAACCAACAUGCAAUCAAAAAUCACCUAAUUGAUUUAGUGAACCAAGGGGAGACAGUGUAUUUGUUAGGUGACUCGGGGUAUGCACAAAGAGAGUACAUGAUGACACCAAUUGUCAAUGCUGCAGCUGGUUCUCCAGAAGAAUUCUAUACACAAAUACACUGUUCAGCUCGUAACAGAGUGGAACGAACGAUAGGGUUAUUAAAGGCACGUUGGCGGUGUUUGCUGAAGCAUAGGGUGCUUCAUUAUAAACCAGACAUGGUUUCAAAAAUAAUUAACGCAUGUUGUGUGCUACAUAAUAUGUGUAACACAGCACGCAUCCCCUCCCCCAGCGAAGUUAACCCUUCGCUGUCGUCGGGCACCGCGCAGCAGCCAUCGUCGGAGCCCGCGCCGAGCGCCGCCGCGCACAGCGCUGGAGCUACGCUGGAACUGCGCAGAGGAGUUGAAGCCCGGCAACGUAUAGUGAAUAUGUUGUGGACAAGGAGACGAACAAAUUAAUAAAGAUAUAUCAUAUUAA